AUGCAUUUAGAGAGUCCAGAUAAACGUGAUGAUGGAACUUUUGCAUGGGGCUAUCUUGGUUCCAACGGUCCUGCUUAUUGGUAUCAAGCUAACGAAACCUAUCUGAAACUUGAAGAUUUUGUUAACUCUACUAAAAUUGAGUUAGAUGUAGCCAAGGAAACUAAAUUAAUUCUCUUAAAUACUGGUCAUAAUUAUCAAGUUCAAAGCCUUAAGGGUACUAUCGCGGCACCAGCAUUGAAUUAUAAUGCAACUUUGAAAGUUGAUGGUGAAACAUAUUAUCUUUUACAAUUCCAUUUUCAUACGCCAUCGGAACAUCGUAUUGAAGGCAGAGAUUUAUUAAUGGAAGGGCAUUGGGUUUUCCAAACUUCGUCUGAUAAAGAUGCAAAAGUGGCCGUUCUAGGAGUUUUCUUUGACCUCGGAAAAAAUGAUGAACCUAAUUUGAAACCUAUUGUAGAUAUAAUUAAUGAUAAACCGUUAGAAGUCGGUGAACAUGUUAACAUAUCAAUGUCAGCAGGCAAACAAAUAUUUAAAAAGGUUAAAACUGUUUUUAGUUAUAUUGGCAGCUUUACAACACCAUCAUGGUUUGUUUCUCGAGAUGUACUAAGUAUUAGCCUAUCCCAAUUUGAAUCAUUUAA